UUGUUGACUCUAGCCGUAGUGGCUCCUGUAACUGCAUUGCCCUUGAGUCUCAGACAGGAGCAUUGCAGCACGACCUGGAGCUAUAGGCCAGGUAGCGGUAGAGACUAUGCCCCGCCAGGAAACUACCGAGCGUUCAAUCUCAAUAAUUGUGAAGCACAACUUAGCUUCAACAAGGAUCAAUACGUUUCUAUACAAUGGGCCUUUGAGGCGACCUAUGCUGAUGGGAGUCGCGCAGAACAUAAGCCAUUCCGUGACUUUGAUACCUUCGGAGUCAGCGACACAUUCUAUCCUUACCUUGGGAAUAACUUCAUCACACGUUAUCCAGGAAGCUCGGCGUUCACUGCAGUGCACGAGUUCGUCAAUGUUUGCAAGGGUGGGCAAUCCCCAGUCUCAUGGAGGUUCUACACCACCGCAUCCUCCUGUUUCACGUCUCCCAGAAUAUCGGCAGUGGGCGGUGUGUCUCGUCCAACAAAGGUAGCUAGUGUCUCAUUGCGAAGAGUCAACGAUGCAGGCGACUUUCGAGUUAGCUGGUCCCCAGUCUCGGGAGCUACUGCAUACUCUGUCAUUGUCCAAUACCCCACUGGAACCGACGAGAUUGGAAGACCAUAUCUUAACGUAAGAGGCGCGCGUAUUCAGGGAACGACAACUGAGAUACCGACAACGGACCGGAGAAAGGACGUUUCACGAGACGUCAUUGUUCAUGCCGUUGAUUCUGCAGGAGUUUGGUCUUUGACUAAAGAUGUUCCCUCAGUCAUAGCGAGUUGGUAG